AUGACCGACCGCUAUCGAGGAUAUCCGCCUCCUCCCGGGCCACCCCGGGCGCCGCCCACCUUCAACCCGGCCAGAGCGUCCAUGCCCACCAGCAUAGGAUACAGCUCAAUGUAUGCGGGCGACAUGCACGUCAUGCCGUCAGCAACACCGAGACACUACGUCGCUACGCCCCGAGGCUACACAACCUCCACGACGUCGUCCGGCGUGCCGACCGCCACGCGCACGUACGCAGUCACCCCGGACUCGCGGCAGCGGGCCGGCACUCGCGAGAGCAGCCGCACUCGGCGCUCGACUCUCGACUCCACCAGCAGACCGCCAGUCAUCAUUACCACUACGCAGAAGGACAGGCCACACGCCGCGUCGUCGCAUUCGUCAAACGCCCGCACCGGCAGCCCGAUCCGAGACGAGUACCGCGCCAGCGAUGGACAGUUUUACUCGCAGCCCGCGUCGUCCAUUCGGUCUCGGAGCACCGCUCGUCCGUAUCACGCCUCCUCGGGCAGCGAGGACUUUGGCAGAUCCCGGGACCGCAGCGACUCUCUGCUGAGCCCUCGCGAAGUCGACGCAUAUCGCAGCUCUCGACCGUCGGUGGUGUAUCCCAGCGACCCCAAGCAUAGCAACGCCGCCAUCGAUUACGGCGACGACGGCUACCAGUACACCAACGCUGGCGAGUUGGCUCGAUAUGACCUCGAUCAUUCGAAGCCCACAAGGCCGCGCCGACACGACAGCAUGGACAGGGGCUACUACCGGCCUAAUGUCAACUACAAUGCUGACCAGCGGAGCUUCAACGUCCACACAAGCAGCGACCUGGCAGGCAACUACAACAUGAACACAAGCCGGCCCUAUGAGGGCCGAGGCGGGCCGCCGCCGUCGAGUCGGGGCUUCGACAAGAUCAACCGCGGCUAUGACUCUCGGGGCAUCCCUCCGGCAGCACCCGUCCCACCUUCACCAACCACUUCGCAACUAGAAGUCCCUGGAGCUUCAUCGGAGAGGGCCGAUGCUGGUCGACGGAGCCGGCCUCUCUCGCUGCACCAGGAUGGUGCCGCGCGAUCGUUGCAUCACGACGAGUACUACCGCAGCCGCGAGGACGAGCGUUCUAUGCGAGAUCUCCGCGAUCGUGACCGUGACCGCUCUCGCGACGUCGAACGUGCGUAUGAACAGCCGCGAUUCAAGGACGAGAGCGUCACCACUCGCGGCUUUGGCAUUCGGACAGACCUGUUGGACGGCCCUAGCGAUGCAAGGGAGCGCCGGCGAGAGCCUCGACCUGAAGAACCGAAGAGGGUAUCCGACGAAGAGCUCGUGCGCGCAGCUGAUGCGGAGCGGGACGACCGCCUCCGUACCCGGCAGGCAAUGCCUGACGACCGCCGCGAAAAGCGAGUGGAGCGCAGGGAGAGUGACGAAGACGACAAAGAACGUUCCCGCAUCCGUGACAAGGUAGCGGCUGGCGUCGGCGUUGCAGCGGCCGCUGUAGGACUUGUGCCUUCACACAAAGAAGGAGAGAAGAGAGAAGAGCCAUCCAGAGACGUCAGCCGGCGUCGAAGUCCCGACGAAGACCGCGAGCGGCGCAGAGAAACGGAACCACCCGAGAAGGCGUCGGUCCCGAUACGAGACCGCGACUAUGAGAGAGCGCGAGAGGGAGGGCGCGAGCGACCUCGGGAGGAGUCCCGCGACCGUACAGCGGCCACUGACCGCCAUCGACGAGAUGCAGAAGCCAGGCUGGCUGGAGAGGCUGUCGUUUCCGCAUCAGACUCGGAUGACAACCGGCGUGCAUCACGGCGACACCGCCCCUCUCAUGGCUUCAACCCAAAUGACGCGUCCGAUCUGAAGCAGCUCAAAGAUCAACUCGCUGCCAUGGAUGUCACAGAGAGGGAGCCAGGGCGAGGUGGCGACCCGCCAGUCGUUGAAGAGAAGAGGCGUGCUCGGUCACCAUCGCCUGGGCGCGGGGGUCGCAGCUCGAGAGACUCUUCUCGAGACGAGCCACGCGGUCGCGAGCUGAUGAUCGCAUCGGACGAGGCGAAACACGUCCGGCUUGUCUCGCCGCCCAAGGACAAGUCAGAUGAGAAGCCUCUCAAGGGGAUUUUGAAGCAGCCAAAAUCCAGCUUCCCGGAAGAAGCCAAUCCCAUCCGUGAAGGUGUCGCCCCUCACAAGGAGGACAAGAAGCUGAAGGAGGCUCCAGCGGGUGCCAGGUGGACCAAGAUCAACCGAAAGAUCGUGAAUCCGGAGGCUCUAACGGUCGGCAAGGAGAGAUUCGAGGUACGCGACGACUUUGUCAUUGUUCUUCGCGUCCUGAGCAAGGAGGAAAUCCAAGCGUACGCCGCCGCAACGCAGGUUCUCCGAGAGAGGCGGCGAAACAAGAGUGACGGUGAUCGGGACCGGGACCGGGACCGCGGCCGCGGCCGCGACAAGGACCAUGACCGCGAUGAAGAGCAAGACGAGGACGAGGAUGCGGGCCGACGGCACCAUCAUCAUCACCAUCAUCAUCGCCACAGAGACGAUGCUGGAGAAGAGGGCAAGGAGCGAGAGCGUGACCGUGAUCGCGACCGGGACCGGGACCGCGACCGCGACCGUGAUCGUGACCGUGAUCGUGACCGUGACCGUGACCGCGAGCGCGAGCGUGACAAAGACCGAGACCGAGACAGGCGUAGGCGUCACAGACGGGAGGACGAGGACGAAUACGAACCUCGACCGAGGGAGUCAGAGCAACCUCACUACCACCAUCGAUCGUUCCGAGAGCGCGAGAGAGCGGCAACUGAGGCAUGA